AUGCCAGAUCUUGGUUAUGAAAAUGAAUAUUUCCUAUAUUUAUCUACUAAGAUCGUGACUCCAGGUACCUUCACACAUCAUCAAGGAUAUGAUAUAGCUAUUUUUGAUGAUCGACAAUAUCCGCUAUCUGAUGUUCCACGGUUUAAAGUUUUGAAAAGUGAACUAUAUGGGAAUUUCAAAGUUGUGAUCGCUAAACACUUUGGGUUUCUAGCUGAACAAAUAAAAUUUUGGGUUCUUAUAAGUCGCCAUAAUAAGACUGUUAGGCCAACGUUUCUAAUAACGGACGAUUUUUUUGCCAUUACAAUGGAAGAAAUUCACACAAAAAUGGCCGCAAGAGAAAAAGAAUUGUAUUUGUUUCUUGAAGUUGCUGAACGUGUUGCUGUACAUCUAAGCACAGAUCCUUUUAAAUUACAGUUUACAACGGCACAUCCAACAACUGGCACACACAAAACUGUAGUUAAAAGGACGACUAAUCAAAUACUAUCAGGAAUACUUCAAACAUCCAUUCCAGUUAAUCCAGCAAAUAUUUUGUAUUAUGAGGUGCUUUGA